AUGUCGAAACCCGUUAAGGCUCAAGGUACCAAGUACCGCUUGACCAUGGGUCUGCCCACCGGUGCAGUCAUCAACUGCGCUGACAACAGCGGAGCCAAGUCCCUCUACAUCAUCGAGCCCUACGGCACUGGUGCUCGUCUCAACCGAUUGCCUGAUGCUGGUGUUGGUGAUAUCGUUGUCGCCUCCGUGAAGAAGGGAAAGCCCGAGCUGAGGAAGAAGACUAUGCCCGCUAUCAUUGUUCGUCAACGAAAGGCCUGGAGGAGAAGGGAUGGUGUCUUCCUCUACUUCGAGGACAACGCUGGUGUUAUUGUUAACCCCAAGGGUGAAAUGAAGGGUUCUGCUAUCACUGGCCCCGUUGCAAAAGAAUGCGCUGACCUCUGGCCACGUAUCGCAUCCAACGCUGGUACCGUCGUAUAA